AUUUCAAAUCAGUGUACCGGUAUACAUGACUAACUUCAUUUGCUCUAGGACGUGUGGCAUACGCAAAAAAAAUAUCCUUGUGCGGAAGGUUUAGAUUUAAUCCUCUAAAACUACUUUAUUCUGUUAAAUAUAUAACUACUAACAGUAUGUCUAAAUCUGCUCUUUUGAUUUUAGCUGAUGGUGCUGAAGAAAUGGAGGCUGUAAUAUCGGCCGAUGUCAUGAGACGCGGUGGGAUCACAGUUAAAGUAGCUGGCUUAGCAGGAAAACAGCCAGUUGUGUGUAGUCGAGAUGUUACUAUAGUCCCUGAUAUCGGCUUAGAAGAUGCCAUAAAAGAAGGGCCAUAUGAUGUGAUAGUUCUUCCCGGUGGUUUAAAAGGUGCUGCAAAUGUGGGGAAUUAA